CAAUGAAGACUUAUAUCACUGUGUUUGUUCUAGUGACGCUUCAAGUUGCUGUCAACUCGGCUCCUACCCCCGAGAUCACGCUCCAAGAUGAACAUUUUGCAGAGGACUACUUGAAACGGUUCUACAAUUUGACUGAGGAGCCGGGUGUAGCUCAGCGGGGCUUUAAUCCCAUCACUAAAAAGCUGAGUGAGAUGCAGCGCUUCUUUGGGCUCCGCAUCACUGGGACCCUGGACAACGAGACUGUGGCCCUGAUGAAGAAGCCGCGCUGUGGGGUGCCAGAUGGACACAUCGCUCAAUACUCCACCUUCGGAGGGGAUCUGAAAUGGAAGAAGAACAGCCUUGCCUACAGGAUUGAGAACUACACUCCCGACAUGUCCAGAUCAGAGGUGGACUCUUCCAUUGAAAAAGCUCUACAAGUCUGGGCCAAAGUCACUCCCCUGAGGUUCACCCGGCUCUACAGUGGAACUGCAGACAUCAUGAUCUCAUUUGGACGCUACUCCCAUGGAGACUACUACCCCUUCGACGGCCCUGAUGGCACACUGGCCCAUGCUUUUGCCCCUUCUUCUGGUAUCGGAGGAGAUGCACAUUUUGACGAUGAUGAAAACUUUACUACUCGGUCAAAUUCUGGCUAUGUGCUGUUUAUGGUGGCUGCCCAUGAGUUUGGUCACUCUUUGGGCCUGUCCCACUCUGACGACCCAGGCGCUCUCAUGUACCCCACCUACUCCUACAGAGACCCAGACACCUUUGUUCUGCCCCAGGAUGACGUCAAAGGCAUCCAGUCUCUCUAUGGUCCAAACACUGAGACUUAUCCCGGGACAGCUGAGCGUGUGCCUCCUCCUCCUCCCAGCACGCCCGAUGCAUGUGACUCCACCAUGGUUUUGGACGCAGUCACAACUCUGAGAGGAGAAAUGUUGUUCUUCAAAGACAGCUUUGUGUGGCGUAAAAGCCCUCACAGCAACACACAGCGACAGAGCCUCAUCACCAACAUGUGGCCCAGUGCUCCCUCUAGUGUGGACGCUGCGUAUGAAAGCAGACUGUACGACCGGGUCUACUUCUUCAAAGGUCGUUGCGUGUGGGCCUUCACUGGCUACACCCCGGUCCCUGGCUACCCGAAGAGACUGAGCAAAUUGGGUUUGCCCAGAUGGGUGAGGAGGAUAGAUGCUGCGCUUUUUGACAUGGAGAGCAAAAAGACGCUGUUCUUCGUCGGUGAUUACUAUUUGAGUUACGAUGAAAGCAAACAGAAAGUUGACAGUGGUUUUCCUAAAAGAGUGGAAGAAUCAUUCCCAGGUGUGACCGACAAAGUGACAGCGGCGUUCCAGUACAGAGGUUUCACAUAUAUCUACAGCGGGCCCUACAUGCUUGAAUACAGCCUGAGAUCUGGCCGACUGUUCCGGGUGCUCAGAAACGGCUACUUCCUGCGCUGUAUCCAACCUACCUGCCCAGACACUUGUCGGAAUGUUUUUCUUGCACAAUCACUUCUUCAUUUUUCUGCUCACAUUGGAUUUUCUGUCUGGGGUGAAAAUAGGACACUGCUGCUGCACGGUGUUGAGCGGGAUCCUAACGAGACCAUGGAGGUAGUUUGUUUAAAAUUAUCACUUUUGAUGUUGGUGAUGGCAUUUUGCAGCGCUGUCCCCACUGAGUCGCUUCAAGAGGAGGAUAUCUCAAAAGCACAGGACUACCUCUCUUCAUUCUACUCGGAUGUGGGGGUGAGCGCUCCGGGCAGUGUCAGCCGAAGCUCGUUGGACUCUUUCGAGGACAGCCUGAGGAAAAUGCAAGAAUUUUUUGGGAUAACAGUCACAGGACAGCUAGACUCCACCACCCUGGAUAUAAUGACCCGCCCUCGCUGUGGAGUCAGUGAUGUGGCCAGAUAUGGGUACUUCGACGGUCAGCCCAAGUGGGACAAGAAGGAGAUCACAUAUAGGGUGACUGACUACACAGCGGACAUGAGCCAGGAGGAGGUGGACAGGGCUCUGGUCAAAGCUCUGAAGCUCUACAGUGAUGUGACUCCUCUGCAGUUCAGACAGAUCCGCUCAGGAACAGCAGACAUCAUGGUCAUGUUCAAGGCCAAAUCACAUGGAGACUUCUUCCCCUUUGACGGGCCCAAUGGGACGCUGGCUCAUGCUUUCUCUCCGGGGGAAGGCCAUGGAGGCGACACUCAUUUUGAUGCAGAUGAAUCCUGGACUUUGACUUCUUCAGGAGCCAACCUGUUUUUGGUGGCAGCUCAUGAGUUUGGCCAUGCUUUGGGUCUAGCUCACUCCCAGGUUCAGUCAGCACUAAUGUUUCCCACGUAUCAGUAUGUGAACACUGAGGGCUUCACUCUACCAGAGGACGACAGACAAGGCAUACAGCUUCUCUAUGGUAUCAGAGGAACCUCCCCUGAACCAACAUUAAAUCCUGGCCUGAAUCCCGAGCCUGCGCCCAGUCCCACACCAGAGCCUGCUCCAGACAGGUGUAGCCCGGACCUGGUUUUGGAUGCAGCUACAACCAUCCACAAUACUCUGUACUUCUUUAAAGACAACUAUUACUGGCGAAGGAGGUCAUUCUGGGAUGGCAUCAGGACGAGGAAAAUCCAAAGUCUCUGGCCGGAAAUUAGCAAAGUUGAUGCUGUUUACGAGCUCAGUGGUGGUAGACAAAGCACCGUGAUUAUCUUUGAAGGCAAGAUGUACUGGAAAAUCAUAAGAAACACUGUGCAGCCUGGAUACCCCAAACCCCUUAGGAACCUCGGUCUGCCUGUACAUGUCAGGAAAGUGGACGCUGCUGUUUAUUUGAGCUUCUCCAGCAAAACUCUCUUUUUUGUAAACAAUAUGUACUGGAGCUAUAACCACCGCAGGGACAGAAUGGAUCACGGCUAUCCAAAAUACAUUUACAGAGAGUUUGAUGUGUCCAAGGUUGAUGCGGCGUUCGAAUACAGAGGACGCUUGUAUCUGUCAUCUGGAGCCAUGCAGAACGAGUAUGACUACAAAAGAGGAAGAUUAGUUCGCUCUUUUUUAAACAACCAGUGGAUGAACUGCAGUUAAAAGACACAUACAGUUAUGGAAAAAUACUAUAUCUUGAUGAAUAAUAAUCUGUUUGUGAAUCCUGGUGAGUUAUGAAAUACAAAAGGGUUUACUCCUCUUUAAUUUCCAUCACAGGCAUGAUCAACAAGUGAUCCAUUUUCGUUAAACUGCGCUACUUACUGUGAUUUGGGCUGUCUAUAUAUAAUCAUGAUCACAUUGUAAAAAUACAAGCUAUUCGGGUUUGUUUUUGUUAUUAAGACUUGAAAUGAAACUCAAAGCACUUGGGACUUUGAUUUGGGACUUGACUUUGACUUGGGACUUGGACUUGAGGGCUGUUUUAAUGAGAACCAACAAAAAAUUCACCAAAGGAUGCACAAAGUAACAGAAACCCACACCACAGAAAGGACUUCAUAAAUGUACCUCACCUCAAAGACCUUUAGAGGAGCCAUGUCAAAGGCAAACUGCAAGAGUUUGGACCACACUCAUGUCUGGAUACAUUUAAGAAUAUUAUAGCGAAACCUGAAAUUAAAAAGGAAAUAUUGUACCUAUUUGCAGUGGCAGAAGGCAAUGAAGUACAAGUAGUAAAGUCUGUGUAGACCCUCAGUCGUCCAGGUCUGAUCCAUAGCAAACAACGAAGUUAAAUCUGUCAACUGGACAAAUCUUGUAGGAGUGAAGACGUUUCGCUGCUCAUCCAAGAGCAGUGAAAUGUCUUCACUCCUACAAGAUUUGUCCAGUUGACAGAUUUAACUUUGUUGUUUGCUAUACAAGUAGUAAAGUACUUAAGCUGAAUUUUCAGGUAUCUGUACUUAAUGUUAAUACAUUUUACAGUGGAUACUUUUUACUUUUACUUCACUACAUUUGAGAGCAGGUAUCUGUACUUUUUACUCCACUACACUUUUGAACUGGACUGAAAAGUAAAAAGUACUUUUGAUUUGAGAGGUUAUUUUUACCACGUUUGAGUUCAACCUUUGGCUUCGUGAAAACACAAAAGUCAUUAGAAAAAUUAAGAAAUUUAUUCGUAUUGCUGCUGCUGUAUUGCAGUUUAAUAAAUUAACACUUUCACAUUAACAUUAAUACUUUUACUUUUUUCUCUUAAAGUACCUUUUUAAGUGUGUACUUAUGUACUUAAAUAGAUUUUUUUCAUAUGAUACUUUUACUUGAGUAAAUUUUUACCUCUGUAUCUGUACUUUUACUUAGGUACCAAAUUUGAGUACUUCAUCCACCACUGCCUAUUUGUCUGUCCUCAGUGUAGUCUGGAAUCUGUAGUUUGGACAGCAGUGUCCAUAAAAUACAUUCAGUUGUUCACAAUAUUUAUAUGUAAAUAUUGUAAUAAAGGUUUUUACACACGUAUGUCCUCAAACGACACAUAUGGACCCACACUCAAGAAAAACAUACAAAUUUGAUUGACCUGAUGAGGCUUUUUCACACAAAGAAAGACUUAAAAUAGAUUCAGUUGUUCACACUGGACAAACAUUCAAAUGUCAACAAUGUGGAUUAGAAACUUUUGGAUUAAGUAGUCUAAGAAGGCAUAUGAUAACUCACUUUGAUAAGAAACCAUACAGCUGUGAACAAUGUGGGAAUACAUUUAGAACAAAUGUAAUGCAAAUGUCUUCUUCAAACAGAAAAGAAACUAAAGGGGAAUAAAUAUGUAAA